GCAACAUGUCUGUGACCUGCCGGAAAGCGAGGGUGUGCUACGUGAUGAUGCUCAACGUCUUCCUCUGCGUCUUGAUCGGCGUGUUGCGGAACCACGGGCACGACAAAAGUGACCACCGUGUGAUUCGAAUCCCGACCGAGAGGUUUUGGCGGCAACACGCAGUGAGCGCAUCGUUCUGGAACAAGGAGCAGCAGCGCCUGGACUUCAUCUACAACCCCGUCAUCAACCCCGCGCUCUCCGGUAACUCCGUCGCCGAGCUGCCGGAUUGGCUGAACGACACCGGGCCCCUCGACCCCUGUGAACCAGACUACAGAGUCCCCACGCAGAUCGUGGACUACAACACGCUCCCAAAGCAAUUCCAGGAUUUUCUUUUGCACAUGCGCUGCAGGACGUACCCCAUGAUGAUAAACCAGCGCCGCAUCUGUGACGAGAAACCCUUCCUGCUGUUGGCGGUCAAGUCCCUGACCCCGCAUUUUGACCGUCGGCAGGCUAUUCGUGAAACCUGGGGACGGGCGGGCGUCUUAGCCAAUCGGACCGUGGCGACGGUGUUCCUGCUCGGCGACACCAUGUCAAUGGACCACUUCCCAGACCUGCUGGGUAUGGUGGGCCACGAGGCGAAACUCCACAAAGACCUCCUCCAGUGGGACUAUCGGGACACCUUCUUCAACCUCACCCUGAAGGAGGUCCUCUUCCUGGAGUGGUUCAGCCAAAACUGUCCCCAGGCCCAGUAUGUCCUCCAGGGCGACGACGACGUCUUUGUCAACACUUUGCGAAUUAUCGACUUCCUGGAAGGCCUGUCGGAGGUCAAGGCGAAGGAUUUGUUCAUAGGCGACGUCAUCAGCAACGCAGGUCCACACCGAGACAAAAAACUGAAGUACUUCAUCCCUGAGAGCGUGUUUGUGGGCUGGUACCCGCCCUACGCCGGCGGCGGAGGUUACCUGUACUCUGGGGAGUUGGCGCUACGCCUUCACAACAUCUCUCAACAGGUCGUCCUGUAUCCCAUUGAUGACGUAUAUACGGGGAUGUGUCUGAGGAAGCUGGGUCUGGCUCCCGAGAAGCACAGUGGGUUCAGGACCUUUGACAUUGAGGAGAAGUACAGGCACAACAGCUGCAUCUACAGGAGCCUGAUGCUGGUUCACAGCCGGACGCCGCAGGAGAUGUUGAAGAUCUGGUCGUGGAUCGUCCGUCCGGAGCUGGAGUGCCAGUGAACGCCGUCAAUGAUUGUUUGCAUUUAACCUUUUUAAAUUAUUUUAA